AUGGCUCAUGGCAACCCUGUGCCAAAAUUCUACAAAUCAAUUAUUGAGGACGUGAUUGAAGGAGUCCGAGAUGUCUUUGCGGAAGAAGGCGUAGAUGAACAGGUCUUGAAGGAGCUGAAACGGCGCUGGGAAACCAAAGUGAUGCAGUCCAAAGCGACAGAAGGCUUCUUCAGACACAGCCACCUCUCACCCCAGUUCAUGUUGCAUCUGCCUCGUAAAUUCCCUCAAGGCCUACAAACGUCAUCAGGUAUGGCUGCUGGCAAAAGUAUUCGACAGUCUUCUGCGACGACCACAACAACCGAACUGGCCUCUUCCAGGGCUGGUGGUGCAAUCCUGACUCUUCCUUCAGGACUUGCUUAUCCUAUCCAAAUCCCUGCUGGGGUGACUCUGCAGACAGCAUCAGGGCAGUUGUAUAAAGUCAACAUGCCUGUGGUGGUCACCCAAGCCCCAGGAGGUGGGACCGUCCUCCAGAAUCCUGUUCAGCAAAUACUCCAGCAGCUUGGGCAGCAGCCCUCGCAACCUCCAACCACUGUUGCCAGUGCCACUCAGGUGAACACCUUUUCAGUUCAAGUAUCGGGGAAUGAAAGCCUGCAGGUUCAGAAGCCCAUUGCUCCCCAGCAAACAGGGCCAGAAGAGAAAACCUUGGUCAGCGCUGCUGCUUUGCAGGAUGCUGCUGGGCAUCGAGAGGAAGUUGUGGUGGGCAGCAGGACAAGCCAGCAGCCUUCUAGCUUGUUGGAGACUCCCCACAACGCUGAAGUCCAAGCAGCUGUCCCUGUUUCAAAGUCAUCGGGGGUUGACUCUGCCGGAGCGGCUGCAGAAAUGGCACCCAGAGGCUCUACCAAGGGGGGAGAAUUGCCUGCGAAUCUGGAACACACGCUGGAUGCCAAUGAUAUAAUCGAGCUUAUAUUUAUGGGCAAUGAAUUGGAUCACAGUCUCCUCCUGCGAGAUGGAGCCACUCUCUCUUUUGCUGAAGAGCUAGAUACCAGCAUGCAGUUGGAGUCCAGUCUGAGGACUCAAAAGGAUAUCAACAAUGACCUCGAGGAGAUAAUUCAGCUGGAUGGAACAAGUGAUGUUUCUCCCACAGCAGAAAUAGAGAGUUCCAGAGAUGGGGAGGAUGAGGAGAUCGUUGGCCUUGUUGAUGUGGAAGAGCCGAAAGUUCUGGAUGAGGAAGAGGAGGAAGAAGCUGAAAAUAGCACUUCAGACAAUCCAUCCAUUAGCAGCACUAGCGAUACUGAUGAACAGUCUGUUGACAUAACUGAAGAGGACCCUUUAAAUUCUGGAGAUGAUGUCAGUGAACAAGAGACGCCAGAUGUGUUUGAUACUGAUAAUACAGUUGUAUGCCAGUAUGACAAGGUUCAGCGCAGUAAGAACAGAUGGAAGUUCUACUUGAAAGCGGGAGUCAUGUGCUUUGGGGGAAAGGACUAUGUCUUCUCAAAAGCCAUCGGAGAUGCAGAAUGGUGAAACGGACAAAGUGCCAGCAGCGUCACUAUUUUUUAUUAUUUUUAAAGUACACUGUGUGU